CCACUUCCGGCGGCCGGCCGCUCUCGCGAGAGGAUGCGGCGGUCGCGCGGGCGGGGCGUCGCGCGCGUGGCGGGCCCAGUGAGUCUCCCAGGUCACCGCGGCGGCGGGCGCCGGGCGCUGGGUUCGCCUGCGGGGCUUCGCAAAAGCAAACACGAGCCCGAGAAAGGCCCAGGGCCGCCGGGCCGCCGUCUCUCAGGUCCCGUGGCCGCGCUCGCGCGGGGCGGGGUCCCGGGCUGGGCGCCCCCGGCCCUGCGCCUCGCUGAUGACCGUCCCCGGGGGCCGUCCGCCCGCGGCAACACCCGUGUUGAGGGAAAUGAAGGGACCCGGGUCUUGGACUCUCGUUUCACUCCGGACCAAAGCAGGCAGCUGAGGAAUGGGACACACUGGCCCCGAUUCGGGGAUGCGCGCCUUGUUAUCCGUGUAUUCCAGCUGGGACGGUGCCGGAGUGUGAAGGAGUUUGAGAAGCUGAACCGCAUCGGGGAAGGCACCUACGGCAUUGUCUAUCGUGCCCGUGACACCUUGACAGAUGAAAUUGUGGCCCUGAAGAAAGUGCGGAUGGACAAGGAGAAGGAUGGGGUCCCCAUCAGCAGCCUUCGAGAGAUCACACUGCUCCUUCGCCUUCGCCAUCCAAAUAUUGUGGAGCUAAAGGAGGUGGUCGUGGGGACCCACUUGGAGAGCAUCUUCCUGGUGAUGGGUUACUGUGAGCAAGACCUGGCCAGCCUCCUAGAGAACAUGCCGACGCCCUUCUCUGAAGCCCAGGUCAAGUGCAUUGUGUUGCAGGUGCUAAGGGGCCUCCAGUACCUGCACCAGAACUUCAUCAUCCACAGGGACCUGAAGGUCUCCAACUUGCUCAUGACAGAUAAGGGCUGUGUGAAGACAGCGGAUUUCGGCCUGGCUCGGGCCUACGGCGUCCCGGUGAAGCCGAUGACCCCUAAGGUGGUCACUCUUUGGUACCGAGCCCCCGAGCUGCUGCUAGGAACCACCAAGCAGACCACCAGCAUCGACAUGUGGGCCAUGGGUUGCAUCCUGGCCGAGCUGCUGGCACACAAGCCCCUUCUGCCUGGUACCUCCGAGAUCCACCAGGUGGACCUGAUAGUGCAGCUGCUGGGGACACCCAGCGAGAGUAUCUGGCCGGGCUUCUCCCAGCUGCCUCUGGUCGGCCAGUACAGCCUGAGGAGGCAGCCCUACAACAACCUCAAGCACAAGUUCCCGUGGCUCUCGGAGGCCGGCCUGCGCUUGCUGAAUCUCCUCUUCAUGUAUGACCCAAAGAAAAGAGCGACAGCCAGGGACUGCUUGGAGAGCUCCUACUUCAAAGAAAAGCCUCUGCCCUGCGAGCCGGAGCUCAUGCCCACCUUCCCCCAUCACCGCAACAAGAGGGCCACCCCAGCCACGGCCACAGGCAUCGAGGGCCAGAGCAAGCGCUGCAGACCCUGACAGGCCAGCAGGUCAGCUGUGGGCGGGGAAGCCCUUAGCUGAGACUGGCCAGCUGCUCCAGCUGACUGCACCACCUCCUGCCGCCCCAGGAGCAGGGUGUGGACAGGGUGGUGGGGCAGGGGUGGUGCAACUGGAGAGCCAGGACACGGAGGCUGGUCCUGCCCUGGCCGUGGCGGCACCGGCUGGCGGCUGCCUGGUUCCUGCUCCUUGCCGUGCCCUUGGCUGGUAGAUGCACAAGACCUUCAUUUCCCAGAAGCAAACAUCUGCUGGGACCAUCUCUGGGUGUCACUGGCUUGGGAUGAGGACACCUGCAUGGCUCCUUGUGGUUCCUCCUGGUCACCAGGCUCUGCCUGGGGCAGCGAGGGGCUGAGGUGACCUCGGGAGGGCUGGUGGAACCCCAAGUGGGAAGGAGGGAUCAGGUGUGGAGCACAGCCCAUCUGGUGGGCUGGGGUCUGGGCCAUGACCGUUAGAGGCCCCAAGAGCAAGGGUCCUGGGAUUGGGGCUGAGUCCCACCCCCACCCCACAGAGGCCCAGGAGUAAAGGGUAUGGCUGGUGCCAAUAGGAGCGCAGAGAUAAAAGCUUUCCUAACAGA